AUGGGCAAGAUCACAGAAAUCUUCUUUGAUUGCGACAACACUCUGGUCCUCUCAGAGGAGCUGGCCUUUGAGGCUUGCGCCGACCUGGCCAAUGAGAUUUUGGAGGAGAACAACAUCCCCGACCGUUAUACCGGCGACCAGCUCAUCAAGGACUUUGUCGGUCAGAACUUCCGCGGCAUGAUGGUCUCCCUGCAGAACAAGUACAACUUCGAGAUCGAGCCGGAGAAGCUGGAAGGAUACGUCACGAAGGAAGAGGACAAGGUCAUUGCCAAGUUGGAGGCCAAGGCUAGACCCUGCGUCGGUGCCAGUGAGGAGGUAGAGAAGCUUUAUGCCUCGAAGCAAUAUGGACUUGCUGUCGUCUCCUCUUCCGCUUUGCGCCGAGUCCUAGCCUCCAUCAGAAAGGUUGGCCAGGAUAAGUACUUUGACGAGGACAAAGUCUUCAGCGCUGCUACCUCUCUGCCGAAGCCGACCUCCAAGCCUGAUCCUGCUAUCUACCUGUAUGCCCUUGAGCAGGUUGGCAAGACUGCUGGCGAGACUGUUGCCAUCGAGGACAGCAAGUCUGGCGCUCUUUCUGCGGUCCGUGCUGGUAUCCCCGUUAUCGCUUAUGUUGGUAGCUACAACGGCGAAGAGACACAGAAGGAGAUGGCUAAAACCCUCACUGACCUUGGCGCAAAGACCGUCAUGUAUCAUUGGUCUGAGUUUGAGGAUCGUAUGAAGGAUAUCGAGAAUAGUCUCGCCAGCGAUGUUCAGUCGAGCCUUUGA